GGCGUCCAGAUGGCCCUCCUAUGCACCAGCCUCUGGGACUCAAGGGACACCAACUGCAGUCAGCUGAGGACAGCAAUGACAGGUACCCAGGCAGCCAUCGUCUUCGUCAAGGAGCCGUCCUCCCAGGAUGCCCUGCAGGGCCGCCGGGCGCUGCUGCGCUGUGAGGUCGAGGCACCCAGGCAGGUGCACGUGCACUGGCUUCUCAACGGGCUUCCCGUCCAGGACACCGAGCGCCGUUUCGCCCAGGGCAGCAGCCUGAGCUUCGCGGCUGUGGACAGGCUGCAGGACUCCGGUGCCUUCCAGUGCGUGGCUCGGGACAACGUCACCGGAGAGGAAGCCCGAAGUUCCAACGCCUCUUUCAACAUCAAAUGGAUCGAGGCGGGUCCUGUGGUCUUGAAGCAUCCAGCCUCCGAAGGGGAGAUCCAGCCACAGACACAAGUCACGCUUCGUUGCCACAUUGACGGGCACCCUCGGCCCACCUACCAGUGGUUCCGAGACGGGACCCCCCUCUCUGAUGGUCAGAACAACCACACGGUCAGCAGCAAGGAGCGACACCUGACCCUCCGGCCCGCCGGUCCUGAACAUAGUGGCCUCUAUUCCUGCUGCGCCCACAAUGCCUUUGGCCAGAUCUGUAGCAGCCAGAACUUCUCCUUGAGCAUUGCCGAUGAGAGCUUUGCCAGGGUGGUGCUGGCACCCCAGGAUGUUAUUGUGGCAAGGAAUGAGGAGGCCAUGUUUCACUGUCAGUUCUCAGCCCAGCCACCCCCAAGCCUGCAGUGGGUCUUUGAAGAUGAGAUCCCCAUCAAUAAUUACAGUCGUCCCCCACACCUCCGCAGAGCUGUGGUGUUUGCCAAUGGCUCUCUGCUGCUGACCCAGGUCCGCCCACGCAAUGCAGGGGUUUACCGAUGCAUAGGCCAGGGGCAGAGGGGCCCACCUGUCGUCCUGGAGGCCACGUUACACCUGGCAGGGAUCGAAGACAUGCUGCCGUUUGAACCACGAGUGUUCACAGCGGGCAGCGAGGAGCGUGUGGCCUGCCCAGUCCCCCAGGGUCUGCCUACCCCCACUGUGUGGUGGGAGCAUGCUGGAGCCCGGCUCCCUGCCCGUGGCAGGGUCUACCAGAAGGGCCACGACCUGGUGUUUGUCGUUACUGCUGAGAGUGACGCUGGUGUCUACACGUGUCAUGCGGCCAACCUGGCUGGUCAGCGGCGACAGGAUCUCAACAUCACUGUGGCCACUGUACCUACCUGGCUCAGGAAGCCCCAAGACAGCCAGCUGGAGGAGGGCAAACCGGGCUAUUUACACUGCUUGACCCAAGCCACACCCAAACCCACAGUCAUCUGGUACCGGAACCAGAUGCUCAUCUCCGAGGACUCUCGGUUCGAGGUCUCCAAGAACGGGACCCUGCGCAUCAACAGCGUGGAGGUGUAUGACGGGACGUGGUACCGCUGUGUGAGCAGCACCCCAGCUGGCAGCAUUGAGGCCCAGGCCCGGGUUCAAGUGCUCGAAAAGCUUAAGUUCACGCCACCGCCCCAACCACAGCAGUGUAUGGAGUUUGAUAAGGAGGCCACGGUGCCCUGCUCAGCCACCGGCCGAGAAAAACCCACGAUUAAGUGGGUACGGGCAGAUGGAAGUAGCCUUCCUGAGUGGGUGACAGACAAUGCUGGCACCCUACACUUUGCCCGGGUAACCCGAGAUGACGCCGGCAACUACACUUGCAUUGCUUCUAACGGACCACAAGGACAGAUCCGUGCCCAUGUCCAGCUCACUGUGGCAGUUUUUAUCACCUUCAAGGUGGAACCGGAGCGCACGACUGUGUACCAGGGCCACACAGCCCUGUUGCGAUGCGAGGCCCAGGGGGACCCCAAGCCGCUCAUUCAGUGGAAAGGCAAAGACCGCAUUCUGGACCCCACCAAGCUGGGACCCAGGAUGCACAUCUUCCAGAACGGCUCCCUGGUCAUCCAUGAUGUGGCCCCUGAGGACUCGGGCCGCUAUACCUGCAUCGCAGGCAACAGCUGCAAUAUCAAGCACACGGAGGCCCCACUCUACGUCGUGGACAAGCCCCUGCUGGAGGGCUCCGAGGGUCCGGGCAGCCCUCCCCCUUACAAGAUGAUCCAGACCAUUGGGCUGUCAGUGGGUGCCGCGGUCGCGUACAUCAUCGCCGUGCUGGGCCUCAUGUUCUACUGCAAGAAGCGCUGUAAAGCGAAGAGGCUGCAGAAGCAACCCGAGGGCGAGGAGCCCGAGAUGGAGUGUCUCAAUGGUGGGCCCUUGCAGAAUGGACAGCCAUCAGCCGAGAUCCAAGAGGAAGUGGCCUUGACCAGCUUGGGCUCUGGCCCGGCGGCCACCAGCAAGCGCCACAGCACAAGCGACAAGAUGCACUUUCCGAGGGCCAGCCUGCAGGCUAUCACCACGCUGGGGAAAAGCGAAUUUGGGGAGGUGUUCCUGGCAAAGGCGCAGGGCUUGGAGGAAGGUGUGGCCGAGACCCUGGUGCUUGUGAAGAGCCUGCAGAGCAAGGACGAGCAGCAGCAACUGGACUUCCGGAGGGAGUUUGAGAUGUUCGGGAAGCUGAACCAUGCCAACGUGGUGCGGCUUUUGGGGCUGUGCCGGGAGGCUGAGCCCCACUACAUGGUGCUGGAGUACGUGGACCUGGGAGAUCUGAAACAAUUCCUGAGGAUUUCCAAGAGCAGGGAUGAAAAGCUGAAGUCCCAGCCUCUCAGCACCAAGCAGAAGGUGGCCCUGUGCACCCAAGUGGCCCUGGGCAUGGAGCACCUGUCCAAUAACCGGUUUGUGCACAAGGAUUUGGCUGCUCGGAACUGCCUGGUCAGUGCCCAGAGGCAGGUGAAGGUGUCAGCGCUGGGUCUCAGCAAGGACGUGUACAACAGCGAGUACUACCACUUCCGUCAGGCCUGGGUGCCGCUGCGCUGGAUGUCCCCCGAGGCCAUCCUGGAGAGUGACUUCUCCACCAAGUCUGAUGUCUGGGCCUUUGGUGUGCUGAUGUGGGAAGUGUUCACCCAUGGGGAGAUGCCCCUUGGCGGACAGGCGGACGACGAAGUGCUGGCAGAUCUGCAGGCCGGGAAGGCUCGACUGCCGCAGCCCGAGGGCUGCCCUUCCAAGCUCUACCGGCUGAUGCAGCGCUGCUGGGCCUUGAGCCCCAAGGACCGGCCUUCCUUCAGCGAGAUCGCCAACAUCCUGGGAGACAGCUCCGCAGACAGCAAGCCGUGAGGGAGUCCUGCGUCCCCAGGGAGGACGCCCGUGGGCAGGGGAGAAAAACCUCUUAAGGGGAGCCUGCAGCAUGAUGAGCAAGACCCCUGUCCUUGGCCUUGGGGGGCAGCGGGCCUUGCAGAGGCCCAGGCAGUGCCUGGGCUUUCCUCCUCCUCCCCCUCAGCCCUUGGGGAGGCCGAUUCGCACCCGCACUGGGUGACUGGAGCCUUGGGCUGACCAUCUUUUCUCUGCCACCCCAUCCCUCAUCAGGGACAAUAUGGGUGCCUCAGGUAAACCCAAUUUCUGGCCUGUGACUUCUCCCUUUGGCUAGGUCCGGCUUGGCCACUCAUCUGCCACCAUUGUCUGGAGAGUUUAGGCUGGGGAUGAGCUGGGUCUGGGAGACUUUUUUUCUUUUUUCCUUUUUUUUAAAAAAUAUACUCAGUUUCCAGGCUAGCCCUGGGCACACAGGUCCUGCCUGGGGAGGGGGCGUCUAGACCAGGAUUUUGGAGGACAAAGCAAGUGAGUUCUCCCCAUUGUGGGCUGUGCACACUAACCCAGACCCAUGCCUUUUCCCCACCCUUCUCUCCUUCCCUCAUCCUAAGUGCCUGGCAGAUGAAGGAGUUUUCAGGAGCUUUUGACACUAUAUAACCCGCCCUUUUUGUAUGCACUGUGGGCGGCUUUUAUAUGUAAUUGCAGCGUGGGGUGGGUGGGCAUGGGCGUUCCGGGUGGACCCUAGAGGAGAUGGGGAGGGUUGGAUACCCCUGCCUCACACUUGUAUUGUUGUU